CAAGAAGCCUGAAAGGAAAGUGUGCGCUGCGUUUGUGGAUUCAUGAGGGUCUCAUGGCUACUGGAUUUGUAAAGUGGUGGCGGGCAAGGUUCCUCGCUGGCUAUAGACCCUUUUCUGUUGGUAAUACAGAAGCCAGCGACUCGGAGGAACUCCUUGGCGGUGUCUCGGCACCUCGUAGCGGUUCACCACCGGAAUCCCAGCCAAUUCUAUUAGAAACAGAGACACCGCAGAUCGCAGUCGACGCUUCUACCAGUCCUACGCCGGCCACCGGAAAUGACGAGCAGCCGAGCGCUAGCACAACGAAGCAACUUAGUUUUGAAGAAUUCGAAUGCGACGUUUCGGUAGCGGAGGGCGACCGAAGACGGCAAGAAUUCUCGUUUACCCUGUACGACUUCGACGGCCACGGGAAGAUAACAAAGGACGACAUAGCCGGCCUGGUUACUACCAUUUACGAUACCCUGGGCGCUUCUAUCCAGGUACCUCCGUGCGGCAGUAAGACGAUUAAGGUGAAAUUGACUGUGUCGCCAGAUCAGAGAGCCAGCCAGACGCGAUCGGCCGGCGGCUGUUUGAACGCGUCCUCGCAGCCGGCUGCUGCCGCGAGUUUUUCCGGAAAUUCGUCCUGCUGCCAUUUGAAGCACGCGUCCUGCAACAAUGCCGGGGCCCACACCGGUGCACACGGUUUACGUAGAGUUCCUAGAAGGAGAAGGGUGCCACCGCGACACCAUUGCCAGAAUGAAGAGAAGGAGGUAGAUACUCACAGCGAGGAUGACGGUGAAAAUGCGCGAACGAAUCGAAUAAAGCAGGAGGAAUUACGCAGAAGGGUUGGACCCGUGCCUCAUUUACCAUCACCCUAUUCCAAUAGCUCCGAGGGCGAUAUUAGCGAUGACAGUGAUAUUUCUCCCACAGUUUCCCCCUUGACGCCUCUUCUUACGCCUAAUCAGCGAAAACGUAGUGGUGCUCUGCAAAGGCAACAGCUCUUGGAAAUUAUUCAGGCGAACAUGGAAAAGAAUAAUCUCAGUUUUCAUACGUCGAGGAAACGACAUCAGAACGAGCAGCUGCGUAUUCCAUCUCAUACUCCACAUGUCGAACCUUCGCCUCACUACGCUCAAGACUGUCGUUCACCACCGGAAUCCCGGCCAACGACGACAGCCUAUCAUAAGCCUACUCGGGAAAAGCCUCAGGGUUUCACAUUCUCCAAGAUACCUGCGAAACAUAGGGGGAGUCUGAGGAAAAUGCGAGCGCAGUACGGUCUUCAGAGGAAUAACGUUACGAUGCAACCGCCACGAGCAUACGUUCAACCACAAGUCUUACCGAGGACCGUGAUCAACCCAAACGUCUACACAGACCAACAAACUACUCCACCUAAUACAAAUCGUAAUGGCGGCAAUUUAAUAUCGAACAAUCAGCACCCUGUCAAUCAAACUCCGAGCAACAAUCAUAACGUUCAGCGUAAUGGGACACAAUUUGGUCAAACGCCGCAACAAUGUGGCAAGUCGGCCAAGAAGCAUCAACUGAAACACGCAACGAGGGAACAGGAUCAAGCCAGAGCUAUGGUCCAAGUCGUGCGUUGGUUGGAGCGGGAAUUUUCACAGAAUCCGAGCUCCGGUAGGAAGCACGUCCACGAGCACAUUCAUCAUCAUUACCAUCAUUAUCACACAGAGGCACUUGUCUGAUUCCUUUUUGUGCAAAUGUAACGAAAUGUUUUGAUGAUUGCGCGUUAGUCCUCGAGCGAUAGGAUUGAAGACUGAAUGAUCUGUCGUUGUUACUUCAAAGAUUCUUGUCUGUUGUCAGUUGUCAGAAGUCUGUCAAUUGAUUUUAUAUGAGGAUCAAAUAUUGAAAAUUUAUAAUCAUAUUCUAUCGCGUCUUGUUUAUGCAUUUCAAUAUAUAUUGGUAUAGAUUUUGUGUUAAUAGUUCGAAUGGGGUCCGAACUUAGUAAUUCAUUCUACAAUUUGUUUUAAUGUACUAACAAAUUGUACAUUUUUAUUCAUUUGAAUUUACCGAGUAGUAAGUUUUCCUGCGUAAAUUUAAAUUUAAAUUUAAAUUCCGAGAUAUUCUAAUGUAAAUUAUCACUGCCAUGUUUCGUUCUAUUAUCGAACACAGUUCAAACAUAGUCGAUCAAUGACGAAAUACAUUUUUAAAAAACAGCUUUGAAUCAUCAGAAAUAUUGAUUAAGUAAUAUAUCGAGAAAUUUUAUUCUUGAGAUAUAUAAUGUUUAUACUUUAAUUAUUUAUCGUAUAGAAUGAUUCUUCCUCAUUUACGUUUUCGAUUUCUAGGAUAAACAAAAGUAUGGAUAUGUAUCAGUCUCAAUUUGUAAUAGUAUUACAAGUGAAUGAAGAGAAUCUAAGAUGAUACCAAUGAUCUAUUACUAUACCGAAGUGCUUAUUACAAAAGUUGUUAUUUCUGAAAUUUUUACGGUUUACAGUGUAAUUUAAUGCUGCUG